CCUGAGUUGCUAUCUUAACUGACGAUAUACUUAACCACAACCACCGAAACCUAAGUAAACUAGCCGGCAUUGUUUGUGCGCGUUUUUUUUGCAAAAAGUCAUUUAAAAACAAAUAAAAACAUGAAAUUAGUAAGAUUUCUUAUGAAGUUAAGUCAUGAGACUGUAACUAUCGAACUGAAGAACGGCACCCAGAUUCAUGGCACCAUUACCGGGGUGGAUGUGGCGAUGAACACUCACCUGAAGAGCGUUCGGAUGACCAUCAAAAACAGGGACCCCGUUCACUUGGAGACCUUGAGCAUUCGCGGUAACAACAUCAGGUACUUCAUACUGCCAGACAGCCUGCCGCUGGAGACGCUUCUAAUAGACGACACUCCGAAGUCGAAGACAAAAAAGAAGGACAGCGGCCGAGUGGGAAAUCGCGGCAGGGGCAGAGGCGCCCGCGGACGAGGAGGCCCAAGGGGUCGUGGAAGGGGCCGUGCUUCGGGCCGACGUUAAUUUUUGUAACUGGUACACCUAAUAAACCAUAUUCGAUUAAUAUAGAAUAUAAAUAUUUCUUGGAUAAAUCUAUAUUGUACGAAUCGUGUUUGAAAAGGGUUGAAAUUGUGACCUUACGAUUUUGUUAAUCAUUUACUGAAAGAACUCUUUUUCGAAUAGUGAAAAGCAUGUAUGCAUGUAUGUAGUUGGUCUUGAGAAUAUGGUUUCUUUUGGAAAAUAUUUAAAAACUAUUCCUUCAAUGAAUUGUAACCAUAACUUUAUUAAAUGAUAAUUUAAUACCUUAAAUGAAAGCUAAUCUUGUUC